GGCCUCCUUCCCGCCCCGCCGAAGGGCGGCAGCAUGCGCAGGAGCCGGGAGUGGGCGGGGCCGUCGGGUCACGUGGGCCCGUCCCCCGCCGAUGUGGUCAGCGGCUGCGGGGUCACGUGAUUCGUUGCCUACGCGCGGUGGGGCCGGGUGCAGAUGGCGGACGCCGAGGCUGACGCGGCCCUGCAGCCAGAGAUGCCCCGGCUGGCCGCCGGCCUCAGCUCUCGGCUCCGGCAGCUGCAGGCGGAGCUCAGCGAGCAGGGGGUGGGCGAGGGCUCGUCGGGCGCCUAUUGCCGGGACUUCUGUCAGGUGAGCGGGGCGGGCCUGGCGCGAGGGCGGUUAUUUGGGGGGGGGCGGAGGAGGGCGCGCGCGCGGGACGGUUGGUGGCGGCGGAGGGGGGGAGGGCCAGGCUCGGCCGCUGGAGGAGGUUUGGGGCGCCGGGGGCCCGCGGAGGAGGAGGCGGCUGAGGCGCAAGGGGCCGCGGCGGCGGCGAGCCGUUGCCUGGCGCUGGGGAGGCGGGGCCGAGGGACCGUCCCUGUUGGGAGUCUCCGCCGACGCCGCUUCCCGUUUCUUCUGGCUUCGCGGGAGGUUCGGGUUCCGGGACCCGAUGGCCGUCGCUCUUCUCGGGGGGGGGGGCUCCCUCCCUUCUCCGCCCAGCCCAGCGCGCUCGGGCUUUCUCUGCUCCCGCUUCCGGAUGCUGGUGUUUUCGGCGCGCUCUCCCCGCCCCGCCGCCUCUUUUUGUGGCAGCGCCGGAAUUGAAGGAGGAAGAGGAGCAGUCGGUUAAGCGGGGGGGGGGGGGGCUUCGUUUAACGAAAUCCAUGGCACCCCUCCCUGCUUCCGCGGACUCUUUCGCUUUUCCUCGCCGCUCUUUGCAUCCACACCAUGUCCUCUUUCGCUGCAGCUUUCUAACAGUCGUAGUUGAGGGGGUUAUCUCCUUACAUGUUGAGGACCUUUGUUUAUUUGUUCCUCUUCCUUGUCAAUAAAAAUGUUUAUCUGGAUCUCUGCUUCUGAUGGGGCUAUGUUCAGUGUCUUGUAUGAGUCUGCCUAAAGAUGAGGCCUUGCUUCAGGAGCUCCUAAAGAUUAGAUGUGUGCCAGAGACAGGGCCCUUUCUGUGGUGGCUUCCUACUUCUGAAAUCUCCCAACAUAUUUGCCUGGCUCCUAUUUUUGUGGUUUGCUAAAGCCUUUUAAUAGUAAACCAAAACUUAUUUUCUCUGGGUUACCUAUUGUUCCGAGAGUGUGGAUAGAGUAUAAUAUGGCUUUAUUCUUAUUUUUCUGUUUGCUUUUAGUUUUUGUAAGCAACUGUGAAUGCCAGUUCACCUUUGCAAUAAAAAACCUGUAUUGACAACUUGGAUGUCAGUCACUUUGUAUGGUGUUUUGAAUCGAAUAGUCCUAAUGGUAUGACUUUAUUUGAAAAUGGAGUUCCAAUUCUUUUUCCAACUCAUAUUGCAAUAGACUUUGUAUGUUAGAUAUAGUUUUGGGUUGAAAGUAUCAACAAAAUGUUUAUACAAACAUGAACAUGCCACAUUACCUAUAAUGGCCACAUGGUUUCCAUUACAAGCUUGCAACAGGUUAGUUAAUAUUUUCAGGUAGCUUUGUUGGAUGUCAGUGUAGAAAGAAAGAUUUGAUGCUUGGAAAUGAUCAAAGGGUUGAGAAAGAUUUGUGAAUCAGUGAGUAUGGGUUACCAUUGAAGUCAAGUGGGUAGCUUCUAGAGUCAACAUAUUGGUGGUCCCCAAAUUGAGAAGCUCUUCCUUAGACAUGUUUUCCUGCUAAAGCUCUGUUACAUUUUACUGUCAGAUGAAGGCCAUCCAGUUCUCCUUUGGGUUUGAUGACUUUAUACAAUGGUUGGGUAUGGAUCAUACAAAAUGGUAACUUAAUAUUUUGGAUAAAGGUUUUCACCCAUUUAUUGUAUAAAUGGAUUGAGAUAAUGUCCAAUGUUGUUACGAUUAAGAAGAACCAUCUAAGAGUACUUUGGAAGAACACCUCCACCCCUGCUGACAUGAACUGCUCAUAGCACUAGCACAGGGAGGCAAACCACAGUGGAGGGAGCCCUUUAAUAUUGAUUUAGAUGGUGCCUUCUAUGCAUGUGGUGCUUUAGAAAAAAUAAGAGUACAGUUUUGCCAUGCAAAAAUAGGAGGGAAAUGGAGGCAUGUAAAAACAGGGCCAAGAAGAUGCAGUUAUUUCAGUUAUGCAUUUAUUUAGGCUAAAGUUUCAUUGAGCAGGCUUUUGGGACUAGGGCAGCCAUGGCUAACCAGUGAGCUGGAGCACAAUUCUGAGUCUUGCCUUUGCUGAUUGGGACUGGUGGAAGUUUUAAAUCUCAAUAGCAUCUGGAGAAUGGCAGGUUAGCCACCACUGGGCUAUAUGGUUCUAAAGGCUUCAGCUGACACCAUGAGUGCUUGGAAUAGCUGCUUUUAGUGUCCACCAGGUCCUGCAAUACUAAAACAUCCUGGUCACUUUGUGUUGCUCUGAACCAUUGACAUAUAGAAGGACUGGAGCACAGAAAAAUGUGAAUGCCACAUGACCUCCAGAAAUGGGUGAUGGUUUAUAUUGUCAGCUUGGUUCAUCAAGUAGACACAUGGGUUUUAAAGAGUUGUAAGCUAAUAAUUGUGGGACGCGGGUGGCGCUGUGGGUAAAACCUCAGCGCCUAGGACUUGCCGAUCGCAUGGUCGGCGGUUCGAAUCCCCGCGGCGGGGUGAGCUCCCGUCGUUCGGUCCCAGCUCCUGCCCACCUAGCAGUUCGAAAGCACCCUUAAGUGCAAGUAGAUAAAUAGGUACCACUUUAUAGCGGGAAGGUAAACAGCGUUCCGUGUGCUGCUCUGGUGCCAGUUUGCCAGAGCAGCUUCGUCACGCUGGCCACGUGACCCGGAAGUGUCUGCGGACAGCGCUGGCUCCCGGCCUCUAGAGUGAGAUGAGCGCACAAGACUGGCCCGUACGGGCAGGGGGUACCUUUAAGCUAAUAAUUAUUCUUCUAGGCUGCCUUGACUUGUAUGGAAACAGGUGACAUUUGAAAUUUAGUUCAAAGCUCAGAAAAUGUAAUUGUGUUGGAUUAGCCUAAAGAGAAGUGAUUGUGUUGAUGUCCCAGUGAAAAUGAGAUCUUUACUGCCUAGACAAUUCAGCUUAAUGAUAACCUUUUAUUUUCCAUGUUUGCAUCUUACUUUUUUUUUUGUAAUGUCCUACAACUUUUGUUAAAACAUAAUUUUAGGUAUUCAGUACUAGACUUAACAGAAUGGUUGAGUUGUUAGAUUUCUAGAUGAGAUGCUGCUGCACCUUAGGACAAUGAAUCACUUUCAAGUCUUCCUGCUUUCAAUACAUGAACCUACUAGCUUUUGAUGGGAUAUCACAUCCAUGUUUAUAUGUCUCUGCUAUUGUGUGCUGUGGUGUUUGAUAUAACAGCAACGGGGCUGUUAUAAAUCCAUGUAGGAAUACAAAAAUGAUAAAUGGCUGCAUUCAGUUAAGUUUACUCUGUCAUUAAUAGAUUAAUUAAAGUCAUUAUUUUCAGAUCUACUCCAAGGGAGACUAAAAUUGGUACAACCUAGAGCAGGCACCCCCAAACUCGGCCCUCCAGGUGCUUUGGGACUACAACUCCCAUCAUCCCUAGCUAACAGGACCAGUGGUCAGGGAUGAUGGGAAUUGUAGUCCCCAAACAUCUGGGUGGCCGAGUUUGGGGAUGCCUAACCUAGAGGGUUUUGCAGCAACUUGAAUAUAAACAAAUUUAGUCUAGACUCAAGAUCAUGCAGGUGUAUGGAAUGUCUUUGCUAUGUGAAAUUUCAAAAGUACAAUAUGUGACAAUUCACUCAAGUGAUCGUUAACAACAUUGACCUGCAGAUAAAAUUGCAGUGCAGUGCCACCAACCUAAAGAUUUGUGAAGGAGUUGUAUUUUGAGGUCAAUAGCAUGACCAUGGGUACUCUCCUGUCCCAACAAUAUGCGAACAUACUCUUCAAUUCCUGUCCUAAAAUAUCUUGUUUCUGCUGUACCAGCCUAACACAGCUAUCCUUCUGUAUUUCCACCUUGAGAUACAAGUAGCUCUCUAUUGCAGUGUUUCCCAAAAUUCUGCUUGCUGAAGCACACCUUUUCUGAUUUCAGCUGGAGAAAUGUUUUACUCAUAAAUCCCAAAAUGUUCUCCUUUUUACAUUUUGUAAGGGUAAUAGCUACCCUUCCCAUAUCAUAGAGUUGGAAGGCAUCCUGAGGAUCAUUUAGUCCAUCCCCUGCAAUACAGGAACCUUCACUAAAACAUCCAUGACAGAUGACCAUCCAAUCUACUUAAAAACCUCCAAGGAAGAGGGAGUCCACCAUCUUCCAAGGGCGUCUGUUCUACUGACAAACAGCUCUUACUGUCAGAAGGUUCUUCCUGCUGAUGUCGGAAUCUCCACUUGAAUCCAUUGGUUUGUGUCCUACCCUCUGGAGCAGGAGAAAGCAAGCUUGCUCCAUCUUCCAUGUGAAAGUCCUUUAGAUAUUUGAAGAUGGCUAUCCUCUUCUCUCCAUCUCUUUUCCAGGCUAAACAUACCCAGCUCCCUCAACCGUUCCCCAUAAGGCUUGGUUUCCAGAGCCUUGACCAUCUUUGUUUCACACCUUCCAUAUUGUCAAUAUCCUUCUUACAUUGUGACAUUCAGAACUGGACACAGUACUUCAGGUGUGGUCUGACCAAGGCAGAAUAGAGUGGGACUGUACCUUCCCUUAAUAAGAGACUAGACUCAUGUUGAUGCAGCCUUGCCUAGCAUUCAUUCUUUCUUCUUCUUCUUUUUGCUGCUGCUGCAUCAAACUCCUGUCUCAUGUUGUCUACUAAAACCCCUAGAUUCUUUUAACAUGUACUACUGGCGAGCCAAAUGCUCCCCAGUUGGUUAUUCCUGCCUAAGUGUAGAACCUUGUAUGUUUCUGCGUAAGUUGCUGAUCUGAUCAUGCCUCUUCAUUGGAGGGUGGCAAACCAAGGACAAAGACACACCUGACAUCCUUCUCAAAGGAAGACAAUUCUUUUAAAUUUCUGCAUCUAAAUAUAUUUAAAGAACUCAGUUGCAUCCCCAUCCUGUGAGUAUCGACUCACAGUAUGAGGGUGUCCUUUGCAAAGUCUCUGCUGGUGGACCCCCUCCGACGCUUGUGCAAUCAGCAGCACACAUAGUGCUCCAAUGAGCAGCAUUCAAAAUUCACCAAGCACCAACCCCAUUUUGCACCUGGCUAUCGGUCAAUUGCAACCAAGUGAAGAUGCCAGGGUGCCAGAAUGGUGCCUGAUGUCUCCACCAUCUGGAGGUGCAUGCCUGGGGGUCCUUGGAUCUUGCCUGUUUUUGCACACUAUCAAUACAUCCUAAAGAAUUUUCUGUCCAUUGUAUUUCAUCUGCACAAUCAGAAUGAAUUUCAGGAACCAAAAAGUUGUCUUGGAAAACACAACUUUUGAGCUGUCUGGCCCCAAAAUGGCAACAGCAUUCUGUUCUGGUGACUGUAACUCUGGUUUAAGCUGCUAUUCUGUGCUUAGCUUAAAUAUCUUGAGUUUUUAACACUGCCAAUGAGUACUUGGUAGCUACUCAUUAUGUCAGUGGCUGGGACCUCAGCAGCUUUCCAACUUUGCUGUGAGCUUAGUUGAAUCUGGAUACAACUGAUUUAUUCAGGCAGAACAGAGGCUGAUUGGAGGACAAGGCCAUAACAAGUGACUAUGGGGAGACACUUGGCAGCCAUUCUGUGGGAGAGUGCUAUAGUGCUCAUGUCCUGCUUGUGGACUUCGUAUAGACAUCUUUUUGGCCACUGUGAGGACAGAAUUCUGGACUAGAUAAGCCCCUGAGAACUGCUCUUAAGUUCAUUGAGAUUGUAUUUGGGGCUCAUGGACUCUUCUGUUUGGUUUUCUGUGGCAUGCUGUGUGAGAGUCUCCACUCUUACUUAGUCUUCCUUACCUGUUGAUAGCGUUGCACAGUUUGUGGGAAUGGCUUAGUUUUAUCUUUACAGGAAUUGGGGAUGCAACCAUGUAAAGUAUGAAUUGAGCAGAUGAGAAGUCAACAAGCAGUAGGAUAUCAGGUGGAGGAGCUGGGGUGCAGGUGAUGGUUGCUUUAAAAUCCUACCCAUUCAUGAGAAAGGAUUGACUUGGUUCUUGAUGUAUCCUCAGGGAAAAUGCUUGAUUGUACAUAAACCCAACAAAUAAAAUUACCAAACACGAGUAAAAGCACCAACCAAAGAGAACAUGAAAGAUGGAAGGAACUUGAGAAAGCUUUCAUGAAGUGGGAGAACUGAUGAUCCUGGAAAAAACUAGUAGCAGAAAAUAAUGUCACAUUUCUUUUUAAAGGGCAGAUUUUUACAAAUUGAGAAAAUCGCAAACUGUGUCAUGAACAAAAAGGAUGCAAAAGGGUGUGUGUGUUGGUAAAGGUAAAGGGACCCCUGACCAUUAGGUCCAGUUGUGACCGACUCUGGGGUUGCGGCGCUCAUAUCGCUUUAUUGGCAGAGGGAGCUGGCGCACAGCUUCCGGGUCAUGUGGCCAGCAUGACUAAGCUGCUUCUGGCGAACCAGAGCAGCACAUGGAAACGCCAUUUACCUUCCCGCUGGAGCGGUGCCUAUUUAUCUACUUGCACUUUUACCUGCUUUCAAACUGCUAGGUUGGCAGGAGCAGGGACUGAGCAACGGGAGCUCACCCCGUCGCGGGGAUUUGAACCGCUGACCUUCUGAUCGGCAAGCCCUAGGCUCUGUGGUUUAACCCACAGCUCCACCUGUUGUGUUGUGUGUUGGUGGGGUACCAUUAAAUAGGAAAAGGGAUACACUGUUAAAUGUGAAAGUGAGUUCUGUUGUUCUAGUCAUCUGACUGUAGAAAUGGGCAAACUCUACAAAACUGUAAGUUAUACAGUUAAAUGAUGCAUCACUUAUACUUUAUCAGUGCCAGAACUAAUUCCAACUAGUGGGAGAUGUUUGAACUGACAUAAUUACAUGGAAAUUCACUUUUGCUUGUUUCAGUACAGAGCCAGGUGUGUGUUCUGUGUUUCAGUACAGAGCCAGGUGUGUGUUCUUUUGUAAGAGCCAGGUGUGUGUUCUGUACCAGUUAGUUCCUCCAUUCGAACGUAUUCCUAGAACAUUGUAUUUCACCUCUUUAUAAUUUUGUAAGGUGUCUUCUGUUGAGACACAGCGUCAAGGCAUAUGUAUGGAAUGUCAAAAGUAAUAGUUCAUGCCAUUCCAGCAUGCUUAAGUCUUCUAGAAUCACAAAUACAGAUUUGGGCAAAAUGAUUUUCUAGUUAAUGUACUCAACAAAUCUUUGUGGAAAUAAGUAUUGCUGGGGAUAGCAAGAUCUGUGGAGCAUAUGCCACUCUUCCUUGCUGCAACCCUAAGAUUUUCCAGAAUCCAACUUCUGAUGAUCACAUUGACACAUUUGUUUCAUUGACACACAGAAAUGGGGCACUGGGUGUUAGUAGCUGAGUGUAGCACUUUGCAUAAAGCUGUGAUUAUUGCUGUGAGGUGCUGGAUGUGACAGGGAAGUUCUGUGAUGCUGCAGACAUGUACACACUUACAGAAUAAAUGUGUUUAAGAAGUAUAAUCAGAAAGCCUUCUAAUUAUGAACCUCCUAAUUAUGAAGUAUUGAGUUGACCCUAGCUGUUGACGGGCAGCAAGAACUAUAUUCCUAUAUUCAAGAAAGCUCACCUGCUGUAGAUCUUGGCUUUUUAUUUAUUACUUGACUCACUAGGAUGAUCUGAGAUAGUGUGCAAGCAGUUGACUACUCUGUGUGUGCGAGUGCGCACGUGUGUGGUUUGGGUAUUUUUUUGCACCUUUACUCCAUAAACUUAUGACUGGAUAAAAAGCCUUUCUGUUUGCUUUUGCUCAUAUAAAGAAGAAAGCUAAAAUAAUAUUCCACCAUUUUUUAAAAAUAAUCAUGGGAAAGGUUGGUGUUCAGACUAAUGAAAGAACAUGGCCAAAUACUUGAAUAGUCUGGUUAAACAAGACAGUGAGCUUAAGUACAUUUAUAGCUAUACAAAUGUAAGAAUAUUUAGCUAUGAUAUUUGAUAAUUCAUUGAGAACUGCUUGUGGUCACAAGAGGCUGGAAAAAGAGUAAAAUACAAGCGUUUAAAUUUAACUUCCACUAUUCAAGCUGCUAGCAGUUGGUAGACACAAUCUUGCAGCUUUUCUUUUUGCGCUGGGGGUGAAAAGCACUAUAUUGGGGCUACUGUAGUUCUCUAGAAGUAAUAAUAAUAAUAGUAGUAGUUGUUAUUAUAUAUAUAUAUAUAUAUAUAUAUAUAUAUAUAUAUAUAUAUAUAUAUCCCCCACCCAUCUGGCUGGGCUUCUCCAGGAUUGAAACAGCUUAAAACAUCCUGAAAUUUUGCCCACCUGGCUUCUUCAGAGAGCUUGGAUGAAUGUAAUUAGGCCCACAGAGUGAAGUGGAUUGAAACAAUUGAGUAGUCAGGUACCAAGUUUAGGUGAGCCCAAGGGCUUGAGUUUGCCUACAGGGUUUUUGAUUUAGAACAGCAGAUCCCCAUGUGGAAUUGCAAAUUGCGCUGGAAAGCACUUACUGGUUUGCCAUGUGACUGCAGUGGCUUAUAGCUGAAAAAACAGAAGCCCAAAGUCCCCUUAGACAUGCAGAACUCACACAAAAAACCUGCCUGCAACUUCCCAGGGCAGUGUUGUCAAGCAGUAAGCAAAUGCCAUCGAGGAUAUGUUCACAGGAAAAGGAAAACAAAGACAGCAAGAGACUUGGAAAGUUAAUGAUUCAUCUCUGCCAAGUUCUAAUAGGCCCAUUUGGAUUAUCAGGUUAAAAUUGAUGUAACAAGAGAAAUUGAAAGGAUUAGUGAGUAUGUAAGUAAAGCACAUGGAACACUGAGGGUGUUAUGCUUAUCAAUACUGUGCACAGUAGAAAGGUGUGUUUCUCAAGCAGUGUUCAGAAUUCAGAUCCAUGAUCAGAUCUACCUGUCAGAGGUAUUGAUGAAAAAUAUGGUUUGAUUUAUUGUCACACUGGCAGCUUUCUAGCUAGUUAUUUUUUGUUUUAUUUACCUUUGUCACCUAAAUUAACUUAGUGCAAAGGAUUAAAAAAGGGGUUUCCUAUCAGCUCAAUGAGGUCAAAUGUCAAUUUAUAGUUCAUUUGUAUUUGUAUUAAAAGUGCUCUUCCUAUGGGGGGAGGGGUUGAAAGGAGGUAAUAAUAAACCUGAUUUAGGAAAACUUUAGUUCAAAGUUAAAAAUGUAAGCAUUAAACUAGGCCAGGGUAGGUAAUGAUCCAUAUCUCCUCACCUCUCACAAACUGACUUGGAAUCGGUCAGUAGGAACACAUAUCUGUCCGUCACCUGAUGUCUUAAUGAUUUGAGGUGAUUGAGCAAUCUCAAUUGAACUUUGGCAGGUGCUAGUCAAUUGAUGCUGGGGAUGUACCUUCAAAGAGGUAGGCAGGGCUCGUAUCUGUAACCAUUCCUUUGACAUUUCUGUAGAGAAAGAGGUUUGGAUGCAAAGCACUUCUUCCAAUAACAUACAUCCAAGCCACUUUCUCCAGUUCCAUCUGCUGCAGUAUGAAGUUCCCAGUGGGGACUCCCUAAUGCUCCUAAUCUCAUAGUGCUCUCUUCUGAUCAGCUGGUAGUUGGGGCCUCAAAGUGCCUGAAAAUCCCUUUUUGGCCUGGAGAAUGACUUUACCUCCUGCACACCUGAGCUUUUGGAUAUCAGAUGAUGUCACCAAUAUUAUAAUACGUAGGACAGGUGGACAUGGCUUUGGCCUGUAAUUAGGCCUGUGAACCAAAGUUUUCACACUCGGUUUAGGCCAUGAGUUCUUAGUGAAACUUAGAAAAUAAUUUUGAAAGACUGUUGAGGUGGUUCACAUGUCAUAGCAAGCCAUAGCUAGUUUUUAGCUAUGGCUUGCUUUGGCAUGCAGACUGGCCAUUGUUAAAAUGCUGUAGAGGCUCAUGAAUUUUGUUUAGUCAUGAGAAAUAAUAGCAUGUAAGACUGAGCUCCUGCAUCAGCACUUCACCUGACUUGACUCUUGGUACAUUAUAGCAGCUGUGGUAAAAUUCUAAAAUAUUAUUGAAAUUAUUCCUUGUAGUGUUUUGAUUUUUAAAAACUCCUCUUAAACUAUAUAUUGUUUUCAUGUUUAAACAAAAGUAAAGUAGAUGUUAAGAACUUGGUCUAGUUAUUUGUCAGUAUAGUUCUUCUGCUGAGCCACAAGAGUUGGUGUAUUUUUUUCGCUGUAAGAUUAACACCUCUUGGUUUCCUAAAUGCUGGGAUGUGAAAACCUGGACCAAGACACCCCAACACUCUUUUGGUUAAAAGCAACUGUGAGGGAUUUGGAUGUUGAAGUUGCAGGGAUGUGAUUUCUUUCCUCUGCUUCCCCUGACAACACACUGAUUGACUUAACUACUUCACAAGCUGUUACUAAGCACAGAAAGGGAGGAAGACAGAGAUGCUAUUGGUUCUGCAGCUGCUUUUAAUGAAAGAAAAAUAUUUUGGGAAAACCUGAUCAUGGAUUUUCCACAUUCGCCUAGUUUGGCCCUUCUUUUUCAGGGUCUUCCUGAAAGGUGUAUGCAAUGCAUAGCUCAGUCCUGCUGAUAGCCGCACUAUAUUUGACAGAAACCCUGCAUAGACUGCAUCACUGGUUGUGAGCAUAAACAUGUAUUAUGCUCUUGUGAAUGGGUUUGGCAUGUGCCACUAUAUGCUUGGUGAACGUGAUCCUCCCAAGAAAAAGAAAGAAAGAAAGUGAUUACCUUGUAGGGAAAUGUGAUGGAUGUUAAAUCUUACCCACAAGAUGUGAAUACAAAUUUUCAUUGUGAGGGUAUAGAAAGACUUUUGAGUGCAGGUGCUGUGUCUACAAAAGGCUGCAGAUAAAACUUGCUAGUUCAUGAGCUUAUACUCUACUGCUAUCAUAUAGCAGUUCUUUCAGGAGCUGCAUUCUUGAAAGUCCAUAAAUAAUAGUAAUUAGUAUUAGCAGUUUUGCUUUAGGAGGAAGGCAAAAAAAGAGUAGAGUGGCAGGUUGCCAUUUCUUUGUUUUUGCUUUUGAGAAAAGUUGGAAAGUGUAAUAUCCUCAGCAUAGAAUUAUAACAUUGCCUUGAAAUAGCUUAAUCAGAGUUGAGAACAAAUAUUACCGCAUUACAUCUUUUCAUUUAUAGACGUUGCUACAAUAUGCUGACAAUCCGGGUGCUUCGGAGCAUGUUCUGCCUUUCUUGGAAGUGUAUCAAGUCGCCAUUCAGAGCUUUGCCAAUGCCCGACCUUACUUGACUACCGAAUGUGAAGAAGUUCUUCUGGUAAUUGGCAGGCUAGUGUUGUAAGUACAUUUGGGACAUGACUUUUUAACAGAAAAGAGAAUUUGAUCAACAGCAGAGAUUUUCAAGUUACUGUGCCCACCUGUCCGAUAUUGAAAAUAGCAUUCCCUGUAUCAACAAAGCAGGGUGCCUGUUUGCAUACAUCCUUGGGUGGGGGAAGGUCAUUACCAAAGGUGAAAACAACUAUUCUGUAUUUUCAAAAAGGCAGUGGAAGUUGGAAUGCUCUCCUCACAUCUCUGGCAUGCAGACACCCCACUUCGUUGUAGGAAUUUGUGGGGUCUGUAUACUGACAGCAAAGCAUGGGGCAGUAGUGUGAGGCUGCAGUCUUUCGGGCCGUGGAGUAGAUAAAAAUAAAUGAUUUUUUCAAUUUUUUUUUAAAAGUCAGAUUUUUAAAAUUUAAUUUUUUAAUUUAAAUUGGAAUUUUUUAUUUAAAUCGGAAUUUUUAAAAUAAAAUGCUUUUGGAGGAAAAAUCUUUCUAAACAUAGUUUUCUAUUUAAGUUACAUUAUAGUCCAAAGGCUGUUCAUCAGGAAUUAAGGAUUUGUUUUUAAUUAUGUAGCAUGAGGCUUUAUAUGCAAUGUUUAAUUUUUUUGGAUAAAUGAAUUUUAUUAAUCCAUUCACAAUGUCAUGUUCUUCCAGAGGUUUCUGUAAGAUUAUUUGGGGCAUUUUUUCUAACGAGAAGAUAUUAUCACAGAUACUUGUUUAACAGUUCUCAAAAGUGUGAAUUUGUGUCUGCACAGAUAACAUGCCUUUUUUUCACGGAAAAAAGUUAUAAAAUACACAUACAGAGUUGAGGAAAAAACCUUAAUCCCAUUGUUCCUUUGCAAAUUUAUAUACACAGAAUCAACCCCUUACCACUUAAAUUCCAAGAGGUUCAAUGAGUAGAUUGUUUGGAGUGGAAUAGAUCUUCACAAGUAGCUAAGUGUGAAGCAGUAAAAAUGAAAGUGCAGAAUACUCCGCAAGUCUUGGGAUCUUUGUGUAAUAAUUGUGCAAGUCAGUUGCAUGUCUGUGCAACUCAGACUUGAGGCAAGUGCUGAAGGCGCUUCAGGCCUUGCAACCAAUCCCACUGGGUUCCAACAACUGCACUAACACUUAACUGUACAGAAUACAGCACCUGAAUGUAGAAGCAAAUCCAAAGGGGUGGUGGUGGAAAUAGUAACUGGGAUCUUCAAGUCCUUGGCGAGACCUUGAAGUGCUUGCCAGUCAACUAAUCGGGGUUCACUGGUUCCAGGCCCUUCUUUCCAGGGCUCGCCUGACAUUGUCCAAACAAUAAAGUCUGUACCUGGAACUUCAGUCCUGCAGGAAUCCCUGAAGUUCUCUGCUCCAGUCCUUGGUUCCUCUUUUCCAGCUUUCCACCAGCCUGUUUCUCCUCAACCUGUUCUUUCUGCAAGCCUGUUCCAGCCUAGGCCUACCAACUUUAUCUCUCUCCCCCGCCCCCAUUUCUCCUCUAGAAAAAGGAAGGCCAGCCUCUCCAAAGCCAGGCCUGCUGGGAGAUAUAGUCCCUCUGAGAUCCCAUUACAUUUAUAUUUAUAGUCUGAGAUUUAUCACAAUAUUCUCUCCCUGGAGGAGAAAACUCAGUCUUAAGGGGUUGUUUUUUUUUUGUACUAAAACUCAGUCUUAAUUUUUUAAAAAAUUGUUUAACCACAUCAGUUAACAAACAUGGAUACAUAUGCUGUAAUGUUACUGUUUUAGUUAAAUAAAUUGUUUAAAUGGAAGGAAAUGGUUAUAAAGUGCAGCAGAAGAGUUGUCCAAAUAUAGUUAACAUUAAACCUCACAAUAAUUUCAUAAUUAUCUGUCUAUGUAUUUCUUAAGAGUAUAAACAAAUCAGUAUUUUUUGAUAUAACUGUAAAAACUACUCUGAAAAUUUAUUAUUCCAAAAAUGAAGCCUUCAUCUGGUUGUAAAUAUUAAGAUUAUACCAGCAAGAAUAAGUCUUUCUGUAAAAAAGUGAUUGAAAUCAAGUCUUACUGACUAAUGAUUUAAAUCAGACCCACCCUGUUGGGCAUGGAGUUUGGCAUGGAGACCAGUUGCUUCUCUUUAACUUGAGACCCAAAGGAUGGGGGGGGGGGGAGUUGGCUGGGAGGAUGUACACCCUAGGAUGUGUAUCCUCCAGGGCCAAUGCCACCUCACUUUCAGGAUCCAUUCUGUGGCAAAGGUUACUCCCUUCCCUUUUAGCUUAAGUGAUCAGGAGGUGGGAGGAACUCUGCUGAGAGCAUGCAUAACUGCUAGGAUUUUACCAAUCUGUUUCCUAAAUUUAGGACAAUGGGAAGCACCAGAGACUGUGCGGUGUAGUGGAUAGAGAGCUGCACUUGAAUCAGGGAGACUUAAUCCGUUUCAUGGGAGUGUUGUGAUUGGGGGAGGAGAAUGUAUAACCCUGUAUACACUGACCUGGAGAACGGUGGAAUGCAAGUUUAAAUUAUGUGUAGAGAAAUAGGCAUUAUUGUGAACUUGUAAAUGGUAUGGAUCAUGCCAUCUUCUCCCCACGCUGCAUCUUAGUGAAUCUUGAGCCUAUCUACUUUAGUUCCCGGGCUACAUAUAUUAUAAAUGGUACUUCUUUGGAACUCGGUACCUGAAAAUUCAAAAUGUGAAUGAAUCUGCAAGACCAUUAUUAUGCAUCACAUUGGUUUUCUUAGGUCAAAGAUUCUGUUAAGAAUAAGCUGCCAAUACAGCCUGAAAAUCAUUCAGUGCUAUAAUUCCAACUAAAUACUGUUACAGUGCAUCUAUCUUGAGUUCUUCUCAUGGGAAGCAGCAUCACUGCUAGUAGCAAUUGUUAUGCUGCUUAACAGCUUCAGCUCUUUUCUACUAUGUUUUCACAUUCUUUUGACCUAGAGAGAUUAUAAACAGAGGUACAAAAUGACCCAACGUGCUACUUCUUAAAUGGUGGUCCUAACUAGCUUGGUUCUGUGAUUUAUUUAUUUCAGGAGCUGUUUUGAACUACUGCUUUCUGUGCCUGAAAGUGAGGAGCAGUCUGAACCAUUGUUAAGACUGUUUCAGUCUAUACAGGCAAGUAUUUUUCAUCUCUAUUCUACAGAGGGCCCUGUUUCAACAGUUUGCAUCUAGAAAUACAUAUUUUCAAAUUAUAACUAAGUAGGCUGUGGUAUUUGUGGUAGUUCUUUAGUUGAAUCCAGUAUAAAAUGGGAAUAAAUACAUUAUGAUUAAGUAUACCUUACCUGGAUGUCUUAUAUGAAUUUUAGUUCUUCAUACAGCCUUUAAUAUAUAGUGAGGUUGUAAGCAUCCUUUUGUAACUUUUUAUGUGAUAGAAGAGUGCUCCAGUAGUGCAAUAUCCCCUGUCUCACAUUGGGAGUAGAGGUUUGGGGAGACUUCUUUUAAAAGGAGGAAUGUCUGCUAGAAGGGGACAAUGCACAGCCUUCAGAGAAUUAAAUGGAGAUAGUCAAAUGUACCAUUAAAUAACACUAUGGUGACAUAUAGGACAAAGCUUUAAUGGCUAAAGUAAUCUACUUUAUCAGACUAGGAGAACAGCACAAGACAGCAUAUUUUCAGGCAAGAACGGACUAAUUUCAUUGAUUAUUGUAGGAGAUAUGGAUGGUUACCCACUGCAUGUUAUGAAUUCUCCAUGUUUUGAUGUAAGGAAGGCUAUGUUACUCUGGGCUACUUGCUGUAUAAUUAUAUAGUGAAAUUUCUAUUACAUAAACUUGUAGGCAUGAUCUCAACAUGACUAACUGUAAGAUACCUUCGUUUGUAUCUACUCCUUUUUCCAAGCUAUGUACCUCAUACUAGAAAUGGAAUAAAAAAACCCUCCUCUAAAUAUGAUGGUGGGGGACACAUUAACAAAGCCAAAGAUAUUCAGUGGAUCUGCUCUGAGUUCAUUGGAUAUUACCCAGUGUAAUUAAAUGCAGGAAAAAUGCCGUAUUUCUGCAGCCUUUUCUUACAGCCUUGUGUAGUGAUCCCAACUGAGAUAUUGGAAAUGUAGGAAUUUAUAUAACAGUAAUAAUAAUAAUUUAUUACUUGUACCACGCCCAUCAAACUGGGUUGUCCCAGCCACUCUGGGCGGCCUACAACAGAAUAUAAAGAACACACAAUACACCAGACAUUAAAAGCUUCCCAAUAGAUGUCUAAGGAAGGUUGUAUAAUUGUUUAUCUCUUUCUCCAACAUAGGAUUCCCAUAGUGCUUUACUUAAAUUUGGAGACAAUAGCCUCGAAACACUGGCUGACAUUUCAAAGGAAGGUGUAUGGAAGAAUCCAGUUCUCUUAAAUAUUAUAUCACAGCAGCCUGUAGAAGCAGAAGAAGGUAAGAUAUUGAGACGUGUACCUCAAAUGAGAAUUCCAUUACUGUGCCACUGUUAUGAUGUGAGCAGUAGCUAGUCUUUCACACUGAAACAUUUUGCUCCUAAAGAACUGAGCAAGAUGAUAGGUGUUCCUCAACUGCUGCUGUGAAGAGCAUGCAGAGCUUUACCAUGAAUCCUGAGAUGUCAUUUUCACUCUUCCAGUCCUGUAGCAUUCCCUUAUCUGCUAGCUUUCCUUGGCCUAGAUUCUAGGGUGAAGAAAAGUACUUGGCCUAGUACUGGCUUCUUGUUCAUUCUUUCCCAACGCUGUGGUCAUACCCCUUUUAUUACAUAUGGCUGCCGUUCGUUACCUGUUGUGAAACUGCUCAUAUAAUAAGAUUUGAGGGUUUUAUUCAAAGAACCAUAAAGCACAGGGAGAAAAUUUUUUUGAGCUGUUCCAGGAACUCUUGCACAAGAGCUAGCGGAAGACAGUGCUGCACCACAAUGUGUUGGGUUGCAUUAUAGUAUGAGAAGCAAAAGCAGAAUCUUGUGACAGAUUUUAUUAUGGCACAAACUGUAGUCUCCUACAUCAGAUAGAAACAUGGGGAAUAUUGAAUUAGGAAAAUACUGAAUGUAGCAUAUAGUCUUUAGUGCAGGCAGUAAAAGAAGCCUUUGGAGUCUGAAGAACUUCUGGGUUUUCUCCUACAGUGCUGUGGACAGGAAAUGUUUUCCACUAGUUUAAGAGCACCUUUUAGAUCCAGCAUUUAGAUCGUUGUGAAGUUUUUCUGAAUGAAUCUUGUUAAUAGAGUUGAGGAAUUCCCGAGUAUUUAUGCCACACACCCUUGCUUAUGAUGGGUCAUUCACAGAUUACUGUUUCUCUGUAGAACUGCAAACUCAAACCCACCAUAGAUCAUUUCCCACUGUUUUCAUUACAGGCUACAACCAUUUUAGGUGCGUCCAAUUGAUAAGUAGUCGCCAAUGCGCAGGUUCUUUUUGGAUCUGGAAGAGGGCAGAAUGGGAGCAGGGCAGGGUGUACCAGGCUAGGGCCUAUACAUGCUCAGGGUGGAAACAACCCCCAUGUGAAAUGGUCACUGCCUGUACUUGGGGAUAAAAGUGAGGCAAGAUGAGAGUCCUUUGUUUGGUUGGGAGUCUUUUCCUUAACCAAAAACUUUCUCCCCUUCCACCUCCCCCCAAUGGAUAUGUAGUUUAAAUUCUAAAGAGUUUCAGGAAUUCUAGAACAGAAGGCCAUGAAAUAGGCUGUUAGAUGCCAACCACUGGCAUACAUUACUGCUUGAGCUAAAUUCUGGUGAUAGUGUAUGCAAAAAUCUUUUCCACUUCUUUUCUAGUCAACAAACUGAUUAAACAAGAAGGACCAGUCUUUAUGCAGAUGCGAAUAAAAUACUUGAUGAAAACAAACCGCCUUCGGCAAGCUGCUUCCCUAUCCAAACUGUGCAAAGAGUCCACGGAAAUUUCAAAUACAUUGCCAUUUCUCCAAGCUUACAUCACUUGCUUGUGUUCCAUGCUUCCAACUGAAGAAUCUAUCAAAGAGGUGAGUGGGCAAGCUCUGAUCUUGGUGGUGUUACCUGUUCAAUGCCUUUUAAUUGUGCUUUGUAUUUCUAAAAUGUAUUGCUUUAUUGCUCUGGAAGUAGCUUUGGAACUACUGUUUUUACCACAACAGUAGUUCUAAAGCUACUUCUAGACCAAUAAAAUAUUGGUGAUAUAUACCGUAUUUUUUGCUCUAUAAGACUCACCUUUUCCCUCCUAAAAAGUAAGGGGAAAUGUGUGUGCGUCUUAUGGAGCGAAUGCAGGCUGCGCAGCUAUCCCAGAAGCCAGAACACAAGAGGGAUUGCUGCUUUCACUGCGCAGCGAUCCCUCUUGCUGUUCUGGCUUCUGAGAUUCAGAAUAUUUUUUCCCUUGUUUUCCUCCUCCAAAAACUAGGUGCGUCUUGUGGUCUGGUGCGUCUUAUAGAGCAAAAAAUAUGGUAAAUAUUAAUAAUAAAGCCAAGAUAUUUGCUGCGGAGAGACGGAGCAGAGGAUUCACUUCUAGAAGUCUGCCUCUGCUGAUACAAAGUAACAUUAGAAUUUUAUUUAAUGGAUACAGUGGUACCUCGGUUUAAGUACUUAAUUCGUUCCGGAGGUCCGUUCUUAACCUGAAACUGUUCUUAACCUGAAGCACCACUUUAGCUAAUGGGGCCUCCUGCUGCCGCCGUGCUGCCAGAGCACAAUUUCUGUUCUCAUCCUGAAGCAAAGUUCUUAACCCAAGGUACUAUUUCUGGGUUAGCGGUGUAACCUGAAGUGUAUGUAACCCAAGGUACCACUGUAUUUAAAAUCCUGUUCAAAGCAGCUAAUAACAGUUUAAAACCCCACAAUGAGUGAACAAUAGAAAGACUAUUUAAGAAACAAGCCAUUAAAAAUAAAACACUGUAAUUCAGGCCAAUAAAGCAGUACAAUAUAAGAUCUGAACUGCAUUGUUUUUAGGUGCUUUUCGUACUUCAGGUAACGAGCUGGGCUAUGCCUUUGUUGACAAUAUGGACUUUAACACAGCUACUGUAGUGGCACAAACUACUGAUUGCAGAAAGAUAGAAAAGUCUUCCUGAAAGUACCUUUGUGUGUGCAAAGUGGUCUUGAAUGAAACUAUUUACAAUAGACUUCUUUUGGAUUUUUGUUUUUGAAAGAUUGCAAAGGUGGACUGCAAAGAGGUCCUGGAUAUGAUAUGUAAUCUGGAAGCUGAAGGUCAAGAUAGUACUGCAUUCAUUCUUUGUACAACAUACCUCACGCAGCAGCUUCAAAAUGGAAAUGUGUACUGCUCUUGGUAAGUACUAUGUCCAGAUAUUAUUUUCAAAUGCAUGUAUUUGCUAUUCUGGCUCACAUAGGUCAUUGAAGUAGCUCACAUUAAAGAGAAUGUUAUCAUUCUAUGUGAAUGAAAUUUAUUUCUUAAAAACAAAGUAUUUACAUUUGUUAAACAUUACAGUUGUGAGUACAUCUCUUCCAUUUUCCAAGAACUCUAGAGGUUGAACAAACUAAUGUUAGACCCAGAGAACAUCAGAUAAUCCUCCAAACUACAAUGUGGAGGAUCCAGAAUGAGCAGUAGGGAGCAUUUGAAACUAUAAUUUCAAAACAUGGUUUCCCUCUUAGCCAGAAAUGGAAUCCAGUGAUGAUCUCUACUUUCAGGGAUUUCUGCUCUCCUCCUUGUUUUCUCAAACUGUGGAGGAUUAACUGAAUGCAGGCAGUUAUAUGAAGAAGCAUAUAUUCCAAAAACAAUCCUGUGUUUUUUUACAUUUAAUUUAUUCUUUACCCAAAUUAACGUCAUCUUAGAAAUAGGCUGUCUGUCAGUAAUGUUGAUGCUUGGAAACAUGCUUGACAAGGAUUUACAGAUGUUAAAUAUUACCCCAAAAAAAUCAGGAAUGGUUAGAUAUAAUAAGCUUAGAUUGGAUAUAAAAUAGAAGAUACUGUUGUUAAAACAGUGUUUGAUGAGGGUGGAAAAAUAAAUCCUCGAAGAAAAGGUUGUUUCUAUCUCAAGACCAUGGGGAGCCAUCUGGUGUCUUCAGGAUGUUGCUGGACUCCAGCUGCCAUCAUCCCUAGCCGGGAAUGAAGGGAGCUGGAGACCAGUAACAACCAGAGGUCAUCGUGUCAGCUAUCACAGCUCAGGACCCCCAUUUCAGGUCAAGACAUGGGGGUGGUGGGUGGGGAGAGAGAAGAGAGAUGAAACCUCAGAGGUACACUGAAAGUUGUUUAUUUGGCUUCUCUUAUUUGUAUGACUCAGCUAAAGAAAUUACUCUUGGCAUAACUUUUCAGAUGAUCUCUUUCCUUUUUUCUUAUCUUGGUCUUCUAGUUUCUCAGUAAUGCUUCUAGCAUUCUGUACAUUCAUGUUUAAACCAUUGUUAAGCUUGACUACUGGAUCUCUAACUAAGCAUUUUUCCUAAACUUUCUCCGUAGGGAACUGACUUUAUUUUGGAGCAAACUACAAAAGAGAAUUGACCCAUCUUUAGAUUCCUUUCUGGAGCGCUGCCGGCAGUUUGGCAUCAUUGCUAGGACAUUGCAACACUUGUUCUUCCUAAUUAGAGUCAUACAAGCUGAAGUAAGUGCCUGUUUGGGAAACAGUUUAUCACGGAAUUAACCUAUGUACUUUCAGCAGAUAACAAAAAAUCAGUAGCUUUUGGGUGCAUCCUGUUGUUGGCUAUCCUGGGAAGACAUAAUUGAUGGCUGCCUUGUGUCAUUCUGAUGGCUGAGCACAUGACAAGUUGAACACCUGAACUUCACAGCAGCAAGUCAGACUGGCUCUCUGGCCUUCUCACUUGCACUUUUCUUCCCUUUCACUUGCUUCAGCCAAGUACAUUUCUUUCCCUUUAUGUCUUCUUCCUGUUGGAGUUCCCGCUGAUUCAGGCUGCCUAUUUUCUGUUUUAGAUAAGGAGUACUUGCACAGUGGAAUUUCCUAUCUUCCAAGGCUUCAUAUUCUAGUCCUUAGAGGACAUUGGCACACAGUAGAUUCAACUCUGCUUUUACUCUAUUGCUGUAUUGAUGUUGCUCUUUUUGCUGUACUACUGAUGUUUCUUCAGCGCCUCUAUUUAAAAAGACAAAGGAAGUAAUUCAGCAGCAAAACUUUUGAGUGGAAAUAGGAAGUGAUAAGGAAUAGUAUGGAAGCAAAGAAGUUGAAAAAUCCUUGCCAUUGUGCAACAGAAAACAAUCUACAAGUAGAUAUCUUGAUUUGAUGUGGUUUUCAAACACACACACACACUCAUUCUCUCUCUCUAUACAGUCAUACCUUGGAAGUCGAUUGGAAUCCGUUCCGGAAGUCUGCUUGACUUCCAAAACGGUUCAGAAACCAAGGCGCGGCUUCUGAUCAGCUCCAGGAAGCUCCUGCAGCCAAUCAGAAGCCACGGAUGCUGCGACAGACGUUAGGGUUCCAAAGAACAUUUGCAAACUGGAACAAUCACUUCUGGGUUUGCGGCGUUUGGGAGCCGAAACGUUCGACUUGCAAGGCGUUCGACUUCCAAGGUACCACUGUGUAUAUAUAUCUGAAACAGAUAUAUAAAUCUGCUUCAGCAUUCCAAGUAUACUUAGUUCCUAAAAACUUGGGAAUGGCUUUCACAAAAUUGUGUGUAUUUGCUGCCACAAAGUGUCUUUUAUGCUUGAAAACAAUUUAAAAGAAGCUGGAUGGGGCUGAUGGGAGCUGUGGUCUAAUCUAAAACGUCUGCAGGCCACCAAGUUGGCAAAUUCUACUCUGGCAAUGCCUAACAUGCCGGUAAAAAGAAUCCCCACUGUAGUAGAGUGGUUAGAAUAUCAGGAUGGCAACAGAGACCGAAGUCCAAAUCCCUACUUAUCCAUUAAGCUUAACUGGUGACUUAGGGUCAGUCAUUAUUUCUUAGCCUGAUCUACCUUACAGAGUUGUUGUAAAGAUAAUAUGUGCACCAGUGAACUCCAUGGCAGAAUUAAGUAACAAAUAUGACUGGUGCCUUCUUUAAUUUUAAGAAAGUAAACCUCAGUAUGUUUUUUUGGGUAAAACAUUGAAGUUGAUUGAAAUAAGAAAUGCCAGAGUAUGUAUCUAUAUAUAACCCUCUAAUCCAGGCGUGGGGAACCUGUGGCCAUCCUAAUGUUUCUGAAUUACAACUCUCACCAUCCCUGGCCAUUUGGCCAUGCUUGCUGGUGUUAAUGGGAAUGGGAGUCCAGCAACAUCUGGAGGGCCACGGGUUACUCAAAUCUGUAAUCGCUUCAGGAUUGAGAGGGAUAGCUCAGUCGGUAGAGCGUGAGACUUAUCUCAGAUUUGUGGGUUCAAGCCCCACAUUGGGUAGAUGACCCUUGUCCCUUUCAACUCUAGAGUUCUAUGAAAACUUAUCCAUAUAUCUUGUCCAGUUUUUUCAGUUGUGUUUCCUUUGUCUUUAAGAGAUGUCCCUGGGGGCUAAAUUAAGAUCUGACUUGCGCUCUCUUCUUUCCUAUAGGCAGAAGAAGCGGGCCUUAUUGUGUCUGUUUUGUUAUGUGUGAGAGCCCUGCAGCUCCGAUCAAAUGAAAAUGAUGACAUGAAGACCUCUGUAUGCAAAACAAUUGCAUGCCUUCUGCCGGAAGACCUCGAAGUAAGAAGAGCAUGCCAGCUCACUGAAUACUUACUUGAGCCAAGUGAGGAAAGAUACAAUCUACUAGAAGAGCUCUACAUGCAGCCAGAUCAAAAAUUGGAUGAAGAAAAUGCAGCAAUUCCAAACUCCCUCCGUUGUGAACUACUGUUGGCUUUAAAGGCGUAUUGGCCAUUUGAUCCAGAAUUUUGGGACUGGAAAACUCUGAAGCGACACUGUCUCAAAUUGUUAGGAAAAGAAGUUUCUGAGUCAGAGGAUGAUCUGAGUUGCAAUGAGAUGUUGUUCAAUGAAACCGAACUGUUGGAUGGUCUCCUAAGCGAUUGCGAAGAUAAUAAUUUUGAAGGUCAAGAUAUAAUAAAUCAGCCUAAAGAGAGGGUGAGAGUUAAAAAGCCGAUUGGGUCCUCAGAAAGGUACCAGAGGUGGCUUCAGUACAAAUUUUUCUGUGUUAUUUGCAAAAGGGAAUGUAUAGAGGCCAGAAUACUUCACCAUUCUAAGAUGCAUAUGGAAGAUGGCAUUUAUACAUGCCCAGUGUGUAUAAAAAAGUUCAAGAGGAAGGAUGUCUUUGUGACGCAUGUGAUGGAACAUGUAAAAAUGCCUCCUAGUAGGAAAUACCGUAGUAAGAAGAAGUUGCUGUUGAAGAAAGAGAGGCUGGCAAAGAGCAGUCUAGCCAGAAUUGCUUCUGUAGGCCUUGGAGAAAACCAGCCACUCAAAAUAACACAAUGUGAACAACCCAGACUCAACACGCAGGAUUUCGUCACGUUUAGUAAGCUAGAAAACUGCCACUUGCAGGACAGGGACCUGUACCCAUGCCCAGGCACGGAUUGCUCCAAAGUGUUUAAGCAGUUCAAGUACUUAAGUGUUCACUUGAAAGCAGAACACCAAAACAAUGAUCAAAAUGCAAUGCACUACUUGGACAUGAAAAACAGGCGUGAGAAGUGUGCAUACUGCAGGCGGCAUUUUGUUUCGGCUUUCCAUCUACAGGAGCAUGAACAAGUGCACAGUGGCCCUCAGCCGUACAUGUGUGUGUCGGUGGGCUGCUAUGCUAGGUUUGGAUCAGUGAAUGAGCUGCUCCAUCACAAGCAACAGCACGACGAUCUGCGUUAUAAAUGUGAGCUCAGUGGCUGUAACAUUGUUUUCAGUGACUUGGGGCAGCUCUACCACCACGAAGCCCAGCAUUUUAGGGAUGCUUCCUACGCAUGCAACUUUAGUGGCUGUAAAAAAUUUUACUAUUCCAAAACUGAGUUUACAAAUCACCUGUCGAUGCAUAUGUCAAAUGGUGAAAUAAAGGAGAUGCAGAUUAAGCAUGAGGAAAAUGUUUCUGGGGACAGUCUUACUUGCCUGUCAGAUUUGGAAGUGUUUGAACAAAAAGGUCCUUCUGAUCUGCAUGAGAGUCUUAAUUUGCCUUCGGGAUCUACAAAUUCAGAGGUAAUCCAGCAGGUUAAGCAAGAAUCUACAAAUUCGGAGGAAACCCAGCAAGUUAAACAAGAAGCUAUAUCUGAUGGAGAGGUGGAUGGCAAAAGUAAUGGCAGUUUAGGAAGCAAUAUUGCAUCCCUAGCCAGUGAGGCUCAGUUGACACCUUUGACUGAAGCAGUGGACUGUGGCCAGGCAACUCCUGGGAGUGAUUUACCCCGUGAGAAAGUCUUCCUUUCAUCCAAUUUAAAAGAGCGGUAUUCAAAUGUGGCUGUAUAUUUUGAUGGGAAAAGAUUUACCUGUGGCUUUGAAGACUGUGGAUCAACGUACAAAAAUUCAAAGGGCAUGCAAAAACAUCUUCGAAGGGCUCAUCCUUACCAUUUCAAACCUAGGAGGAAGCUAGGUCUGAAAACUAAAGAUACUACUCAGUACAGUGACAGUCAUAAUACUGAUGGAGAUAUUAGUCCAGAGCUCAUAUAUCAUUCAUGUAGAAAUACAGACUCUCCAGGCAUUAUAGAUUGUAAUACAAGUACUAAUAGCAGAAGCUAUUUAAAUGAAGAACUGUAUCCUUCUUCCCCAGAAACUUCCUAUUUUGAAGCUUCCAAAGUGUCCAGUUCAGAAGAUGCAAUGUUGGAACUUCUCCUGGGCUUGAAGCAUUUAAGUUUAAAAAAUUCCAGUGGUCAUAUUGGAAAUUCUUCCAGGUUGUCACAGUCUCCAAACUCUGAAGAUGAAUCUACCUCAGACUACUUCCCUGAAGAGCAGCAAGGCAAACUACCAAAACAAUACCUUACCCAAUUGGCAGCCAAGCCAUUUUUCUGUGAGCGUCAAGGUUGCACAUGUGAAUUUGUGACCAGGGAAGCGUUGUUGACGCAUUAUGUUAGAAAACACAAUUAUUCAAAGGAGACGGUGCUUCAGUUGAACAUGUUUCAACAUCGGUAUUCCCCUUUUAAAUGUCAUAUUUGCCAAAGAUCAUUUACAAGAAAAACACAUCUUCGAGUCCAUUAUAGAAACAAACAUAAACUUGGCAAUAUGACAGCAACUCAGAAAUUACUUGGUAAUGAGAGUUUUGAGGAUCUGGAUGAGAGCGCUGAGGAUACGCUGAAUGAUACCAUGGGUUCAAUGUCUGAUUUCUAUGCCAAUACAGAGGAAGAACUUGAUGACCAAGCUAAUCUGGCUGAAGAAGAGCAGUGUCAUCCAAAGAAAGAUGAGCUUAGUUCUGAAACAGAUCUGGAGUCUAGUGAAGAAGCAGAAAGUUGUAUAACUGGCAAGCAGACGAAACUGUCUGCUCUGGAAAGCCACCGGAAAGGACUAGAAGCAAGAGAGGGGAGGGGAAGUAAAAGAACAGUUGCCAAAGGAAAUUUAUGCUACAUUUUGCAUAAAUACCACAAGCCGUUCCAUUGUAUUCAUAAAAAUUGCAAUUCUGCAUUUACUAAUCAGAAAGGUUUGAUUCGGCACUACAGAACGGUGCAUCAGUAUAACAAAGAACAGCUCUGCCUAGAAAAAGACAAAGCGAGAACAAAGAGGGAACUUGCCAAAUGUAAAAAAAUAUUUGUUUGCAAACAUAAGGCGUGCAGCAAACGCUUCUUGUGUUCUAAAUCGCUUGCUAAGCAUUGCAGUGACUUUCAUGGCCUGGACCAUGUAGAGGAUUCCAAAGUGCUUUCUGAAACAGAGUCCGUGAGAUUUCCUUGUCACCAUCCUCAGUGUCCUGCUGCAUUUUAUUCCUUCCACAAACUGAAGCAUCACCUGAUGGAAGAGCAUGCUACGGAAGAGGAAAUAAAUAAAGAGAUUGAAAUUCACUGUGACCUUAAUGGUUGCAACCGAGUUUUCACAACUUACAGCCGCUAUUCUCAACAUGUAUACUUCCGACACAGUGAUUAUGAUGGGGUCUCGGAAGCUGCCAAAGAAAAACUGGCCCACCUUAAAGAUGGACAGGAGCAAAGGUGCUUGAAAGAUAAGUGUCUCGGGCAUGAAGAGAGCGAGAAAAAGAAACGGAUCUAUGACAAAUCUGAGAAGAAUAAUAAGAGCAAAGGAAAGCAGUUAUAUAACUUCAGAACAAGGGAGGAAGCCCUGCAAAUGUGCAGAGACAACUGCAAUCAGACACAGUAUCCUUGCAUGGUUCGGGGGUGUCCCUCUGUAGUAAAACUGGAAAGCAGUAUUGUGAGACACUAUAAGCGUACCCAUCAGAUGGCCAGUAUUUAUAUAGAACAACAGUAUGAGGAGCUUGUACUAUGUGUCGAAUGUGGUACUGUGAUAAAUGACCCCUGCUUAGAAGAAAGUCAGGGUUCAAAUAAAGAGGUAAACAGUGACUCUAAGCAGGAAGUUACAGUGCACCCUGCAUAUCAGCGUGAAAAUGAAGGGCAUCGUGUUCUAAACUCGGACUGCAAUCAUGAUGAUAAAAGCAGUAAAAACGGCAGCUCUUGUGGGAGUGACAAGGCCCAGGAGGCUGGUGUCUCUUUGUAUACAGGCACUUUAAAACAUAUCCACAGUCCAAAAACCAGGUGUUUUGUAGAAUGUAGUCGAUUAGAGUCACCUCGGUAUAAAACAGACAGCUUGCCUGGAAGUGACGGAAGAGAAAAUCCCUCCUACUGUGUGAGGUCAGGUGUACAGUUACAAAGGGAGAAAGAUGUAAAUGACUGGCAGCGUGCAUCAGCACAGCAGAACAUUAAAAACCCUCCUCCCCUUUCUGCUGCAAAAGAUAAAAUGCAGAGGCAAUCUGCGCCAAAGCCGUUUGAUUUAAAGUCCUUCAAACCAAUGGGGUUUGAGUCUUCCUUUUUAAAAUUCAUCCAAGAAAGUGAGGAACGAGAUGACGAUGACGACUCUGAGGAUGAAUGGGAGCCGGCUGGCCGAUAUGAAUUGGGUGUGGUGGUACAAAAAGAGAAAGACUUCAAAAGGGAUGACACACGGGGCAAGACUGCAUAUGAAACUGUCCCGGCAGCAGCUGUGUCCAAGAAAAACAGCGGCUCCAGAGCUCAUGGGCAGCUGAGAGGGAUGCAGCCUCUCUUAUCCACGGACUCUCCCUCGAUCCCUUCCCUGGAAAACCUGAGGGCCAUAUUGGACAAGGCAUUAACAAAGUGUGGGGACAAUGCCUUAAAACAGCUUCAUUAUUUGCGACCAGUAGUUGUUAUUGAAAGACGUACGUUAUCCUCGCCCCUCAUAGACUUCUUCCCAACAAAAAAAACAGAUCACCUUUGUGUGGAAAGUUCAUAAAUUGUUGUGUUUAAUUUAAAAAUAGAGAAGGAGGGGAGACUUCUUCCACUUCUGGGGGGGGGGCGGGGGCGGGGAUGCUAAUUGGUUCAGUGCACAUGGUGUUGAAGUUAGAUUAGGCUGUUCAAUUCCAUGAAUGUAUGACAUCUGUCUACAGUAUUGGCUGAGUUAAUAUAGCUCCCCUGUUAAAUUAAGAGAGAGAGAACAGAUAUUUUGGUGCUAAUUAACAGAAUAUGGAGCUGGGGGCUUCCUCUUGCAGAGUAAAUGUGCAUGAUUGUAUAUGGAACAAAUACUUAGGGUACCAAGCGGGGGAGGGAGGGGGGAGGGAGGGAGGAUGGAACUUCUUACUUGACUUGAAUGUGCACCUCAGGGUGCUUUGUGUAACAUAUUGUACACUACAGCAUCUUAUAUUUUUUGAGUUAUGAGUUUCAAUAAAAAUGAAUUUUUUUCACCC